UAAAAUGUAAAGUUUAGAAGAUAUAUUUAAAGAACUCUAACAUUGACUGGUCUGAGUCAAUAUUUUAUUGGAUUACCGGGUUUUAGACAAGAGCAUGAAAAAGUAAUGAAUUAACUGCCUUCUAUGGCAGUCUUUAACUCUUUUUAAGCCGGCAAAAGCUCCGCUACUCACUCUUUUAAAUAGAUCACAGCAACUGGAAUCAGAUGGUGCCACUCUCAUCUUGUUGCUUAAUCGAUUGAGAUGAGAGGAGCUUCUCCGAGUCCCGUGGAGCCCAGACUCCGUUUGUCUGCUUCAGCUAAUGAGGACACAAACAAACGAAGGUUCCAAAGAAAUAAAGUUUUAAAAGAUAUUGAGCGGGCACUCCACAUUCCUGUUCAAUAUCGGAAUUCAAAGUACAAGCCAACCUUGAAAGUUGUGUUAGUCAUUAUAACAUUGGCAACUUUUUUGGGACUCUUCCUCUCUCCCGCAUUUUAUAGUACAGAACAUCUGUCCAAUUCUGUAACCCGACCCACUUCUUUUGAACGAUGGAUAAGAGAUGGUGCUGCCCCAGAUUUACGUUACCAAUCAGUCUUAGACACCAACUGGGACCAAAUUUCGAAUGCCAUAGAGAAAUUGACUGACAAGGAUACAUAUCGGGGAGUUGGCCUAUUAAACUUCAAUGACGGUGAGAUUGAUCAGUGGAAGGAGCUGAUACCUGAUGCUGAGCAUGUUGUUCUACACCUGGACCAUGCCCUGUACAACAUAACAUGGGAGUCCCUGUACCCUGAAUGGAUAGACGAAGAGGAAGAUUUUGAGUUUCCUACUUGUCCUUCUCUACCAAAGAUCCAGAUUCCUGGAAAACCUCGACUUGAUCUUAUUGCUGUCAAGCUUCCCUGCAACAAGUCGGGGAGCUGGUCAAGAGAUGUUGCUCGUUUACAUUUGCAGCUUGAAGCAGCUAGGCUUGCUUCAUCUGCCAAAGGAUAUCAUCCAGUUCGUGUGCUUUUUGUGACUGAAUGCCUUCCACUACCAAAUCUAUUCACUUGCAAGGAUCUUAUUAUACGAGAAGGGGAUGCUUGGCUAUACGAACCAAACCGGAAUACGUUGAGAGAUAAGCUACAGCUCCCUGUGGGGUCAUGUGAGCUUGCUGUUCCCCUUAAGGCUAAAGAAAAUUUUCACUCAGAACGAGCACACCGCGAAGCAUAUGCGACAAUCCUACACUCUGCCCAUGUAUAUGUUUGUGGGGCCAUUACUGCUGCACAGAGUAUUCGCAUGGCUGGUUCAACACGAGAUCUUGUAAUACUUGUGGAUGAAUCAAUUAGUGAGUAUCACCGAGGUGGGUUGGCAGCUGCUGGGUGGAAAAUCCACACAAUCAAAAGAAUUAGAAAUCCUAAAGCUGAACCUGAGGCAUAUAACGAGUGGAACUACAGCAAAUUCCGUCUUUGGCAGCUGACUGAUUACGACAAAAUCAUUUUUAUCGAUGCUGACAUGCUUAUACUCAGAAACAUUGAUUUCCUAUUUGAAAUGCCUGAGAUAUCAGCCACGGGAAAUAAUGCUACUCUGUUCAACUCAGGUGUCAUGGUUCUUGAACCAUCAAACUGUACAUUCCAGCUUCUGAUGGAUCACAUCAAUGACAUUGUGUCCUACAAUGGCGGGGACCAGGGGUAUCUCAAUGAAAUCUUCACAUGGUGGCACAGGAUCCCAAAACACAUGAACUUCUUGAAACAUUUUUGGGAAGGUGAUGAAGUAGAGAAAAAGGAGAUGAAAACUCGCCUCUUUGGAGCUGAUCCACCAAUCCUUUAUGUCCUCCACUAUCUUGGUAACAAACCAUGGCUUUGCUUCAGGGACUACGACUGCAACUGGAAUGUGGACAUUUUGCAGGAGUUUGCCAGCGAUGUUGCACACAAAACAUGGUGGAAAGUUCACGAUGCCAUGCCAGAAAACUUGCAUAAGUUCUGUCUACUCAGGUCCAAGCAGAAGGCGGCAUUAGAGUGGGAUCGAAGACAAGCUGAGAAAGGAAAUUACACAGAUGGUCACUGGAAAAUUAAGAUCAAAGAUAAGCGUUUGAAGACAUGCUUCGAGGAGUUCUGCUUCUGGGAGAGCAUGUUAUGGCACUGGGGCGAAAAGAACUGGACCGAUAAUGCAACUGCUACUCCAACACCACCUGCGAUUACUACAGCAUCACUUUCUUCUUCAUAACUCUCUUUUUUUUCUUUUUUUCUUUUUUUUUUUUUGUUAUAAUUUUUUUUCCAUACAUGCAUACCCAAUGUAGAUGACACAGUUACAGUUCAAUAUAUUUUACAUUCUUGGGAUGUGAUAAAAA